UUUAAUGUCAAAGUCAGUCUCCAGUCUCAGUGACAUAUGUCAAAUACAUGUGAAUUUAACCUACAAAAGUAGAUUCAAAUCAAUUCAUAUUUUCUUAUCGUAACUUAUUGAAAUAAUAUUUAUUACUUUAAUGAAAUGACGAAAUCAAUGGCUGGUGUUUGCGCUAUAAAAGAGGAGUUCGUUAUACAGCGUCCUGUUAAGAAUAACAGCGACGAGGUUAAUUCUACCUCUAAAAGGAAAUUGGACGAUAACAGCGAAAAUGAUAAUAAUCUGGACAGUAAAAAACCUAAAACUGACGACAACGAAGAAAGUGAUUUAAAUAAAAAUAAAAAGAGAGGCCAAAAUAAAGCCAGACCAAAAACUUACAGAGAUAGCAAAGAGAGUAAACCAUGUCCAUCUAUUGUGAGUAUUGAGUCACCGGAAAGUGCACAACCAUGCCAGUAUAAUAACUGUAAAUAUAUACACAAUCCACUUGAUUAUUUGAAAUCUAAACCUAAAGACUUAGGUGAAACAUGCCAUUUGUAUAUUACUCGUGGAAGAUGCCCUAGAGGCAUUUCAUGCCGUUUUGGAUCAAGUCACAUCACUGAAGAGGGUUAUAAUAAGGUAGAUUUAGAAAAAUGGAAUCAAUGGAAAGAUGACACAAAAAAUACUAUACAACCAGCUUUACAAACUGCUCUCCAAAAAAGGAAAUAUGAUUUUAAUUUUUCUGAAAAAUUAAUCAAACAUAUGGACCAGAGGAAGAAACCCAGUAAAAAGGAAUCUACAGACAGUGUUGAAGAUGCCAAAGACCCUGCACCAGAUACGGACACAGCUAAACCUCACAACAGUGGUGCUAUCACAGAUGAAGACCUGAUUAAAUUGUUGCCUAGGGAAAAGAAGACAAUAGACUGGAGAGAUAAACUGUAUUUGAGUCCUUUAACUACUGUAGGGAACUUGCCCUUCAGAAGAAUAUGUAAAGAAUAUGGUGUAGAUAUAACCUGUGGAGAAAUGGCCUUAUGUGAAUCCUUAUUGAAAGGCAUGAAACAAGAAUGGGCUCUAGUCAAACGACAUGAAUCAGAGACAAUAUUUGGUGCACAAAUAUGUGGCAACAACAUCUAUGUAGUCACUAAAGUAGCACAACUACUGCAAGAGAAUACAGAACUGGAUUUUAUUGACUUAAACUUAGGAUGUCCCAUUGACUUAAUUUACAAAAAGGGUGGUGGUUGUGGCAUGAUGCAUAGACUCAAUACUCUGGAACAAUCCGUUAGGUGUGCUUCUAAAUUAUUGAGUAUUCCUUUUACAGUAAAAAUGAGGACAGGUGUCUACCAAGAUAAAAAGAUAACUCACACCAUUAUACCAAAAAUGUCCGAAUGGGGAGCAUCACUAGUAACAGUACAUGGAAGAUCAAGAGAAGCACGAUAUACUAGGUCUUCUGACUGGGAAUACAUUGAAACAUGUGCAAAGGCAGCAGCACCUUGCCCAGUUUAUGGCAAUGGUGAUAUUCUCAGCUAUGAAGAUUAUGUAGAAAGAAGAAAGAUUGCUCCCACAGUACAAGGAGUUAUGAUUGGAAGAGGAGCUCUUAUAAAACCAUGGAUUUUUACUGAAAUAAAAGAACAACGAGUUUGGGACAUAAGAAGCAGUGAAAGAUUUGACAUACUAAAGAAAUAUACAAAUUACGGGUUAGAGCACUGGGGCUCUGAUGUGCAAGGUGUUGAGAACACCCGCAGAUUCUUACUUGAAUGGCUAUCCUUCUUAUAUAGAUAUGUCCCUGUUGGAUUACUGGAACAACCACCUCAAAAGAUUAACGAAAGACCACCACCUUACUUUGGUAGAGAUGACUUGGAAACAUUGAUGGCUUCAGGAAAUUGUGCUGAUUGGAUUAAAAUUAGCGAAAUGUUACUAGGACCUGUACCUGAUGGAUUUAAUUUCCUACCAAAACACAAAGCAAACUCAUAUUAGAUAGCUUUAGGUCGUGUUUUGUUUUACUAUUAAGUAUUUUAAAAAAUAAAUAUGUAUUUGUUUA